AGAUCGAGAUCUUUUGCAGGUUAAGAAUUGUCUUGUAUGGGCCGGGCCUUUGUUUCUCUUGUGGCCUUUUAUACAUCAAUAAACAUUAUAAAUAAUGUCCUCUCCUAUUUAGGGUUGGAUGUGAGAGCCGUCCUGCGGUCGUUCCUGUUCUCCGUUUCUACCAGACAGAGAGGAGUAUAUAUGGCUCUUCGUUGUUUUCUUGGAAAGAUGAGGAUCGCUAAUAAAUUUCUCCACAGUAAAGAAAGAAUUAUGAUGCUUGGGACCUCUGAAGUUUUCAAACACAAAAACAAGGAAUUGCUUUCAAUUGCUUUUCCUACUCUUUCCUCUCCUCGCCAUUUUAGGGACACUGAAAAUCGUGCCCCCACACCAAUAGCUACUAAGAAAGAGGUUUUGGAUAAUCAUAUGAAUAUAGGAGGAAUAAGACCUGCCCGUUUUGCGUUGGAAGAGUUCAACACAAUAAAGAAAACCCAACUGCAGCUUGUGAGAGUGGUGGGAUUUUGGAUGAAACCGCAGGGUUAUCCUCAUAAUCCUUGUCAUUGUUUAUAUGUUGUAAUAAUGAAGGCAGUUGAUGCCGAUGGUGUGGCACGACUUUACCAAGCCCGUGUACAGCUCCAUGAGUCAACUGAGGGCAUGUUUUUGGAAGCAUUCUAUCACUGUUCUACUGAUCCCGACAGUGCAAAGUAUAAUAGGCAUUAUAAGAGGCUAUAUCAUUUCCUAGACAACUUCUGUGACAUCAUGUAUAAAGGAGUGGAAUACUGGUGACGGUGAUCAAUGAAUGAUGGCAUCCUUGAAAGGCUUUUGUAAAAUUAUAUGAAAGGCAAGCAUAUUGACAGACUUUUUAUGGGGAAGUCGUUAUUAAAUUGAUGUGAAGCGAGGAGUCAAGCAUUUGCUAAGAUUGAAGAAUAUGCAGAUCCAAAUAAGUAAUAUUUGAAUAUAUUUUCAAUCUCCAUAACAUUUUAUGUUCCGUGAAUAUCAUUUUUUUUUUUAUAUAGUUAUGCUCGAUUUAGAUAAGUCUAGCUGUGCGGUAAUUUGGUUUAUCAUAGGAUUUCAAAA